GUCUCUACCUAUGACAGGAAGAGCUCACCUGUAUCUCAACACACUGAACACACCUGUGUUGAAUAGGACCGGACUAAACACUUUUUUUCUGCUUACCUGGUUCUGAUUACUCACAGGCAUGGCUUCCCUCAUGUCCGAGGAGCAGUUUCUGUGCUGUAUCUGCCUGGACAUCUUCACCAACCCUGUGUCCAUCCCGUGUGGUCACAACUUCUGCCUGACCUGCAUCAAAAGCUACUGGGACACCCGCGAGCGCUUUGAGUGCCCCCUCUGCAAGGAGAGCUUCCGCCGUCGGCCAGAGCUACGCAUCAAUCGCGUUUUUAAGGACAUCACUGAGCACUUCCAGAGGUCCCUAAAGGUCAAAGCCCAGCAGGCAGAUGAAGGCGAUUAUCAAGGCAUAGGAGUAUUAGCAUCACAGUGUUCACCAGCGCUCGGUCCUGAGCCAGAUGCAGUUUCCUGCGAUGUCUGUACCGGGACGAAGCAGAGUGCUGUUAAGUCCUGUCUGGUGUGUCAGGGGUCGUACUGCGAGAACCACCUGGGGCCUCACCAGAGAGAGCCGGCCCUCCAGAGGCACAGGCUGACGGACCCAGCAACAUUCGCCACGCGAGGCCUGUGCCGGAAGCACGAGAGGCCCCUGGAGCUGUUCUGUAGGAUGGACCAGACACCGGUGUGUUUGAGAUGCAAUGAUACUGACCACAAGGGCCACAACACUAUCCCUAUGGAGAGAGAGAGCAAGAAGAUGAGGACUCAGAUGAAGAAGACUGAAGGAGAUCUGUUGAAGAUGGUUCAGGACAGACUGAGGAAGAUGGAUGAGAUCAAACACUCAGUGGAGCUCAGCAAAAUAAGUGCUGAAAAAGAGAUUGAGGGCAGUGUACUAGUCUUUAGCAAACUGGUGUGCUCCAUCGAGAGAAGCCAGGCUGAGCUCAUCGGGGUGAUUGAUGAGAAGCAGAAAGCAGCAGAGAGGCGCGCUGAAGGGCUCAUCAAUGAGCUGGAGCGGGAAAUCAUUGAACUACAGAGAAGAAGCACUGAGCUGGAGCAGCUCUCACACACAGAGGACCAUCUCCACUUCCUACAGAGUUUUCCCUCUCUCUCCACUCCUCCACCCACCAAGGACUGGUCUGAGAUCAGUGUAUACUCCGAUCUAUGUGUGGACACUGUGAGGGCUGCUAUGUCUCAGCUUGUGGACACCUGCAGAGACUUCGAAAAGAGAUUAUGUGAAGCGGAGCUGAGGAGAACCCAGCAAUAUGCAAUGGACAUCACUCUGGAUCCAGUCACAGCCGCCUCGUGGCUCGUCCUGUCCUCCGAUGGGAAGCAGGUGAGUCUGGGAUACCAGCAGAACCACUCCCUUCCUGCUGACCCUCGGAGGUUUGACUCCUGCGUCUGUGUGCUGGGAAAACAAGGCUUUACCACCGGGAGGCACUACUGGGUAGUCCAGGUGGGCGACAAGACAGACUGGGAUGUGGGCGUGGCUAAAGAGUCUAUCAACAGGAAGGGGAGUGUCACGGUGAGGCCGGACCAAGGCUACUGGGCUGUGUGCCGGAGGAAAGGCAGCCAUCUUAGCGCAUGUGCCGGGCCAUCUGUCCCCCUUCACCUGAGAAAGAAGCCGCGGAAGGUUGGGGUGUUUGUGGAUUUCGAGGAGGGAUUGGUCUCCUUUUACAAUAUGGAGGCGAAGGCUCAUAUUUAUAGUUACAGGGGAUGCGGCUUCACUGAGACACUGUAUCCGUAUUUUAACCCCUGUCUCCAUGACGACGGGAAGAACACCGCCCCAUUGGUUAUCUGUUCUGUGGAAGGGGAGGCGGGGCCUAUACAGGAAGUUGUGAGGUCUAAGAUCCCGCCCACGGCUCUGGCGUUGGCUGGGAGGAGCCGUCAAUCAUCUGUUGGCUCUGUUUCGGAACACUUCUGAGGCUGUUAUCUGACAAGGGACUUUGAGAGAUACUUCUGAAAAAUACUACCUGUGUUGAUGGACAGAACCAAUGACAUAAGCAUAAAAGUUAAAUUAAGAUUUUGUAUCCAGAUUUGGUAGAAUUGAUUCUUAUAUUUCAUAGCUUAAUGCAAAACAGGUGUAACUAAAAAUCACCUUGAGAUUGUUUUCUUACUAGCUUUCUACAUUUUGAGGAGAAAGAAAGAAAUGAGAGGAUAGAGAGAAAAGAAAGGAGUGUAGAACAGGUAGCCGGUUGCGGGCAAAACAAAACAGACGUUGUAUGUGAUGCUCGUGUAUGUGAUAUGAUUAAAUGUCUGUUUGAACACAGGGGUUCCCUGAGAGAGAAAGAGAGCAGGGUUAGAAAGAGGGAAAGGAGGGAGAGAGAGAUGUGAAUGAGAGAAAGAGGGCAGGGUUAGAGAGAGGGAAACGAGAGUGAGGAAAGGAGGGAGAGAGACAGAGAGGUGUGAGAGAGCGCGAGGGUGGGGUGUAGAGAGCAUGUGAGAGAAAGAGAAUGCUAGACAGGGAGGGAAAAGUGAGAGAAAAGAAACAGAAAAAGGAGUAACUUCCUCGUUGCUACAUGAAAACAUAGAAAUACAAUUUAUUGCAAAGGUAAGAUUUAAGAUUUAGAUUUGAACUGUUGUAAAGUUUUAAUUCCCAAUGUUGUAUCCUUAAUUUGAUCAAAAUUGGUAAUGUGGGGAUAAUGUUUUUGAAGACAUUAUUGUUAUGAUCAUAAUAGCAUAUUUCUGUCACUUUACUGCUCUGUUUGAUUAACAUCUUUCUGUAAAAAACUCACUUUGUGAAUAAAGAGAAUUUUCCCCAA